UCUUGAUGCACGAUGUCGCUCACCGAUACACCACCGUCGCCCAUUCAUGUCCUGCGCACGCACAAAGACCCCGUGAACACUUUAUUCUGUUCUCGAGACAACGACAGGAUAUACUCAGGUGAUGCUAAAGGACGGAUCGUCAUUUCAUCCACACGAUCUCUGAGACCAAUCGCCGACUGGCUUGCGCACACCGACUCCAUCCUCGGUGUCGAAGAACUUGGACAAAGCCAGAUCAUAACACAUGGCAGGGACAACAAGAUCCACGUCUGGGAGCGCCCCGAAGAAUCUGUAGCUAUUCGGCAAGCCGGGGCAGCAACAUUGACUGAGUCGUCUGCACCAAUGCUGUGCUACUCGAUGGACGUCAAUGCACUGAACUACUGCCGAUUCUCGCUUCUACCCUUGAAUGAAAACAGUGCUCUCCUGGCAGUCCCCAACCUCGUAGAAUCAUCUCUGGCAGAUGUCUGGACAUUGCCCAGCAGACAGAGGCUCCACGCCGCCAUCGGGAACUCCCAAAAUGCCACAUCCAAGUUCUCAGACGGUCGGGCUGGUAAUAAGACAGGUAUAAUCAUGGCUAUGCAAUUAUAUCAUUUACCGUCCACGUCGGUAGCAAAAGGAGAGCUUUGUCUCCUUUGCGCCUACGAAGAUGGCGGUGUUGUUCUCUACAGACGCAUGGUACCGGAGGGAACACAAACGAUCGAGGGACGAGGAUGGGAAAUGAUGUGGAGAAGCAAGCUACACGUUGAGUCAGUCAUGGCGAUGGUCGUGACCAAAGACAACAGCUUUGCUUUGACAGUUUCCGCGGAUAAUUUAAUAGGAAAAUACGAUCUGACGUCUGGCGGAUCGGAAACUGCCUCACCUGGUACAGCGUUUCGAACCAAGCACCCAGGGAAUGGUGCCGUCGCUAUUCGUGACGAUGGCAGGGUGUGUGCAGUGGGUGGCUGGGAUGGAAGGGUGAGACUCUACUCAACCAAGUCUUUCAAGUCCCUUGGAACGUUUGUACACCACAAACAAGCCUGUCAAGCCCUGACUUUUACCUCGCCCUCUGAUGUCAGAACACAUGAGGCAAUUGGUGAUGACGAAGAGGACAUGACUCCCCAGGAAAAGCUUCAGCGCAGCCGGUGGCUUAUCACCGCAGGAAAAGAUGCUAGGGUCUCAAUCUGGGGUCUGAUGAGUUUUGAAAAGCGAUCAUAGCAAUCGUCCGGUGCCAUUCUCGUAAAUGGUGGUCACCAUUGAACGCUAUCUGCGCCUAGCGGAUGCAGAGCGUGGACUCUUCGUCGCACCAGCAAGAGAUGCGGUCCUUUUGCAUUGAUUCUGUUUCUUAUAUUGAGCGAGGCAGCCGGAACUUCGAGUGUAGAGAUCGCGAAUGCUGUCGCCCCUCUUUCAUCAGGGUAUAACGAAGCACGUCAG